AGUAAAACUGAGACAAGAAUAUUCUCCUUCCGAUUACGAACUUUCGUAUCAACAUUUAGUUAAUUCCCAUAUAAACAUAUCAAUAAUUUAUUCAGAAACUCCAGUGAACACAUCAAUGUUCAGUCGAAGCAAUGAAGUUCAUUUGUGUGACUCUGCUGAUUAUUAGUGGAAUUACAGAUUCAAGAUCAGAGCAGUAUGAAGUAGUGGGUCCUACAGAUCCUGUUCUUGCUGUAGCUGGUGAAGAUGUGAUUCUGCCCUGUUCAGUCAAACCCAACAUCAGUGUUGUGGACAUGAGAGUGGAGUGGUUUAGACUUGAUCUGAAAGACUCACAACUAGUGCAUCUCUAUGAGGAUCAUGUAGACAAAAACACAAAUCAUAUUCAGUCCUACAGAGGAAGAACAAAACUGAAUCAUCAAGAACUACAGAGAGGAAACGCAUCACUCAAACUCUCAUCAGUCCGAGUCUCUGAUGAAGGACUUUAUAAGUGUUUUAUUCAGUCCAAAUCCUGGUCUGAUGAUGCCACUGUUAAUGUCAGUGUUGAAGCUGUAGGACGUCCUCCAGUGAUCACUGUAGAUGGGUUUGAUCAUUCAGGAGGGCUUCAUCUACUGUGUGAAUCUGAAGGGUGGAACCCUGAACCUGAUCUUGAGUGGCUGAACAGUGAAGGAGUCAGUUUGAGUUCAGAAACUACAGAGAUGCAAAGAAAAAUAGAUGGAUUUAGUGUGAAACACACCAUCACUGUAUAUGAGAGAGACAGCAAGAUUCACUGCAGAGUCAAACUGAAGCAUCACAUGCGGGAGACACUGAUGAUCACAACAAGUAAUAUGUUUAAUUCUUGGAGGACACCAGUGAUUGUGAUUGUUUUGCUCAGUGUGAUUGCUGGAAUACUGAUAGCUGUGUUUGUGCAUAAAUACAGAGUGAAUGUGAUUCUGGAUGCUGAUACGGCUCAUCCACAUCUCAUCGUGUCUGAUGAUGGGAAACAUGUGAGAUCUGGAAACAGACAAACAAAAGGAGUGGAUGGAAACAAAGACAGAUUUAAUGAAUGUCUUGGUGUUGUUGGGAAGGAUGGAUUCUCCUCAGGAUGUUUUUACUAUGAGGUGCAGGUGAAGGAACAAACUGUGUGGCAUUUAGGAGUGACCAGAGAAUCUGUUAACAGGAAGGGUUUGAUCCGUCUGAGACCUGAGAAUGGAUACUGGAUUGUGGGACGGAGAUAUGGGAAGUAUCGAGCUCGUGAUUCUUUUGCUUACUCUCUUUCUCUGAGAGUGAAUCCUCAGAGGGUCGGUGUGUUUGUGGAUUAUGAGAAGGGUCUCGUCUGCUUUAAUGAUGUAGAGUCCAAGUCUCAUAUCUACUCUUUCACUGAUCAGUGUUUUAAUGAGAAACUCUAUGCAUUUGUUAGUUUGGGGCAUCGGUGGAAUGAAAACUCUACACCACUGAUCAUCUGUGAUGAUUACUAAUGAGAUCA